AUGGCGACCUCUGAGGGGACGAUCAGAAUUGGCUAUGUUCCAGAACAUUACCUUACCCCUCUACAUUUAGCGGCUCGCUCGGCAUUCUCAUCCCUCCCUUUCAGCGUUUCCCUAACACCCUUCCCCUCCGGGACUGGGCAUAUGAUAUCUUCCCUACGACAAAAUGAAAUUGAUAUCGGCAUUGGUCUCACGGAAGGAUGGGUCGCGGGCCUCGUCGGAAAGGAGCAGGCUAACAAGGGGGCCGAUGUCGAUGGAGGAUACAAGAUGGUCGGCCAGUGGGUGGAAACACCUCUAAGAUGGGCAAUUGUUACGGGAAGAAAGAGAAAUGAUAUUUUAAAUGUGGAUGAUGUCAAAGGUGGAAGGGUUGGAGUCAGCCGCUUGGGGAGCGGGUCCCAUGUCAUGUCAUUCGUCCUAGCGAAGCAGCAAAACUGGCCUCCUUCUUCCCCGCUGUCGCCUGUUAUACUGGGACCUUUUUCCUCUCUGCGCGAUGGAGUCGUAGGAGACAAUCUUGAACAUUCGGAUGGCUCUGUGACUGCCGCUGCCGAUUUUUUCAUGUGGGAACAGUUUACUACUAAGCCUUACUUUGACAGUACGCCCUCUACUCCAUCCCCCCCCUUAAAGAAGAUUGGUGAGAUUUUCACACCAUGGCCAUCAUGGCACAUUGCUGCUUCUACGGCUACCUUUCCAAAGCCGGAGGAUGAUCCACGACUGCUGCAACUUUUAAAUGCGUUGGACCAAGGUAUUGUUGCUUUUGAAUCCAAUACAGAGGGUGCUAUUUCGCUACUUGGAACAGGAGAGUUGGGGUGUACUUAUUCAAAAGAAGAUGCUAGUGAGUGGCUGAAGGAUGUCCGCUUUGUCAAGGCCGGAACCCGAGGCGUUCGACAAGAUAUAAUCGUCGAUGUUGUGGCGAUAUUGAAACGCGCUGGUGUCGUCCCUGAGGACGUUGAAAGUAAUGAGGCUGCAAAGAGAGUUGCCGCAGCCUCGUAUCGACUUGUCGAUGAAUAUGCUGGAAAAUCAUUUUUCGACAAGUUCGACUUCUUCACCGGGAAAGACCCUACAGAAGGAUUUGUGGAAUAUGUUUCAGAAGAAAAAGCGUGGAAAAACGGGUUGAUUGGUUUUAGUACUACUUACUUUGGUGAUAACCAAACCUGGCUGGGUGUGGACAGGACAAAUAUUGCACCUAAGGGUCGACGAAGUGUUCGUAUCACGAGCAAGAAAGCGUAUAAUCAGGGGUUAUUCAUCGCCGACUUCGCCCAUGUGCCAGGUAAUAUGUGUGGAGCGUGGCCCGCAUUCUGGAUGCUAGGUCCCAAUUGGCCGUACGGAGGAGAGAUAGAUAUUUACGAAGGAGUCAAUCUCGAGGUUCAAAAUUCCGUGACGCUUCAUACGGGCCCCAAUUGUACAAUUUCGCAAAAUAUAACAUCAACUGGCCGAGUAAGAACAACAAAUUGUGACGUUGCUGCUCCUGGGCAAAAACAUAACGAAGGAUGCCAGAUCAGCUCUCGGGAUCCACGUAACUAUGGCACCAGAAUGAACGCAGCCGGAGGAGGGCUGUAUGCAACGCUAUGGACCAAGCACGACAUCAAGGUCUGGUUUUUCCCUCGAAGGCACAAAAUGGCAUCAGACAUUGCGCAUGGCAGGCUACAUCCGGAAUCAUGGGGGCGCGCGAUGGCCCAUUUUACAGGAAACUGCAGCUUUACGAAAAGCUUCAGAGACCUGAAGAUUGUAAUCAACACAACAUUCUGUGGAGUGUGGGCUGGCCGGGUAUGGGCUAGUUCGCCUUGCGCAUCGGUGUCCCCGACAUGCGAAGAUUUUGUGGCCAAUUAUCCGGAAGCAUUUCGGCAGACAUACUGGGCGAUCAACUCACUCAAGGUGUAUCAAUAG